AUGCAGAUCUUCGUGAAGACCCUGACGGGGAAGACCAUCACCCUCGAGGUGGAGAGCAGCGACACCAUCGACAACGUCAAGGCCAAAAUCCAGGACAAGGAAGGGAUUCCUCCAGAUCAACAGCGACUGAUAUUCGCUGGCAAGCAGCUGGAGGAUGGACGCUCACUGGCUGACUACAACAUCCAAAAGGAGUCAACUCUUCAUUUGGUCCUCAGGCUUAGGGGUGGAACCAUGAUCAAGGUCAAAACUCUCACUGGGAAAGAGAUCGAGAUCGACAUAGAACCCACUGACACGAUUGACAGGAUCAAGGAGCGUGUUGAAGAGAAAGAAGGCAUUCCUCCCGUGCAGCAAAGGCUCAUCUAUGCUGGUAAGCAGCUUGCUGAUGACAAGACCGCAAAGGACUACAACAUCGAGGGUGGUUCUGUCCUCCAUCUUGUCCUUGCUCUGAGGGGUGGUUACUAG